GUGAGUUAGUGGAUGGCUGAAGUUUGGCUUGACCACUGAGUUGCUGAAAUGUUUUGCUGCCUGAGAACCGUGAAAAGGUUAUGUCUGGACAAGAUCUUGCUAAAAUGUGUUCUUCAGUCAAGAACUUUGUCAGGAGCUGAUGCCAUCAAUGCCCUCAGACCUUUCUAUUUUGCUGUACAUCCAGAUUUCUUUGGCCAGCAUCCCAAAGAGAGGGAAGUAAAUGAAAACUCUCUGAAGAGGUUAAAUGGCUACUUGGAAAACCUACAGAAACCAGGAUUUCGUUCCUUUAAGCCAACUCAGCUUACUUUUUAUGUAAGAGAAAGAGAACCAAACUCUUCUAAUGUUCAAGAAUCCUUCAGUGCUUCAGGGUUUCGAGCAGUCAGUUUUACACUACACACCAGGGAUCUCCUGAGCACAGUGUUAGAUAUUCUCAACUCCUGCAGUUUAUCGACGGAGCAUAUUCAGAGUUUGAAUGUGAACUCUCAGUCCCAGAAGGAAGCAAAAAGCACAGUGAACAGACCUAUCAAAUGGGAUAAGACUUACUAUUCAUUUACUGGAUUCAAGGAUCCUGAGGAGGAGCUAGAACAAGCCCAGAGAGUGGAAACAACUUUAAUAUCGUGGCUGGAUGAUAAUGAAGCAAGUGCAGUAAAAAAGCUGAAAAAAAGUUUGCCACUUAGAAAAGAACUAGAACGUUUAAAAUUUGAACUUUCUCAUGAACUCCAGCUCUCAGAUAUCAGGUGGCAGAGGAGCUGGGGUAUUGCUCACCGCUGCAGCCAGCUGCACAGCCUGGGUCGCUUAGUCCAACAGCGACCUGAAGUAUUAAAGAAUGUUAAAGGACGCACGGUGGUAUUUACAGACCGCUCGGGUAUGAGUGCGGCAGGUCACAUCAUGCUGGGGACCAUGGAUGUUCACCAUCACUGGACCAAAAUUUUCGAGAGAUUGCCAAAUUAUUAUAAGCUUCAGAAAAGGCUACUAUUCUUGGAAGAUCGGAUAAGCCAACUUCUGGGAGGCAUACAAGUGAUAUAUAUUGAAGAACUGCAACCUCUGUUGACUCUGGAAGAGUACUACGAGACUCUGAACUCCUUCUAUAAUAAACUCCGUGACAGUAGACUGCCUUUUCAUCCUCGCAGUCUGCGAGGCUUGCAAAUGAUUCUGGAAAGUGACAGAUAUGCACCAAGCUUACAUGAAUUUGGACACUUUACAAUCCCAACGGUCUGUGAUCCAGCAACCCUUCAAUGGUUUAUUUUUGCCAAAGCACAGGAAGCAAGAGAGAAUCUGAAAAGAAAGGAGGAGAUGUUGAUUACAGAAAAAGAGCUAAUUGAUACCUCCACUGAGAAAUUUUCUUUGGAUCGUCUGUAUAAGGAACCAGGAGUUUCCAGUGCACAGAUGAUAGAUUGCUGUAAGCGGCUGCUGGAAGAAUCCUUGCCCUACCUACAAGGCAUGCACCUUUGCAUUUCACAUUUCUACUCUGUGCUGCAGGAUGGAGACCUGUGUAUACCUUGGAACUGGAAAAACUGAGGGAUGUAUCUGAUAAUCAGAUGAAUUGUUUAUUUUCUGUAAGAGGCUAUAAAUAUGAAUGUUUUUAAGAGUAAAUUAUUUAAAUCUGUAUUUUGAUAUCAGUAUUCAACCCACAAAUCUUCUUCCAGCUGCUGCUCAAGAAGGAUUAAGUCCUAGACAAUUUGCACAAUGCUCAGUAUUGGUAGUUCUGGGAAAUACAUGUGUACAUUAUCCAUGCUACUGUAGGAGUCCCAGUGUAUGGUAGCAGUUGUAAACCUCAUUUUUGUAGUGAAUUAUGAAAAUACAUUAAAUUGCAAGUCUGCAAAAA